UGUGCCAAGUUUCUUUGCCCUUUCGUUCAGUCAAUACAAAAUUAUCUGGCUAGAUGGUUAAACUAGGCCGUAGCUGUACAUACGUUAUGCUGGUGUUCGUAUAUUGAAUAAAAAAAAAAAUUAAAAAUUGAAUUAUUUCGCGCCAAUUUACCUGCACGUGUAUUAUUUUGUGGCAGUGUAAUAACAGUGCAUCAUGGCCGACGAAAGUUAUGAAGUGAUUACAAGAAUGGAAGAUAUCACAGAGCAAGACGAUAAACAUUUAGCUGGUGCGAAAAAAGAAAUACGGAAUGAAUUAACUGUUAUUAUUCCCGAAAACCCGUUUCCAGAGAUAGAAGUCGACGCUUACCCACCGCUAAAAUUCUCAUGGAUCAUUCCUAAAAAGUUGGCAGCAAUGGCGUUCCCGAGGAACAAAGAGAACGUUCAAUUUAUUGUAAAUCAGAGUAUAACACAUCUGGUAACACUGACCGCUGGUAAGAAACCACCCGUUGACGAUGUUCCAAGGUUGAGGUGGACAGAUAUACCCAUAGAAGAGUUUGAAACGCCUACUUUGGAACACAUAAAGAAGUUUAUUGACCUAUGUAAGAGAGCAGACAAGAAUGGCGAGGUAAUAGGUGUCCACUGUAGACAAGGCCGCAGCCGGUCUGGUGUGAUGCUGGCGUGCUACCUGGUACACUUCCACAGAUUUCUACCUGACCAAGCUAUGAAUGUGAUCAGGAUGAUACGAACAGGUUCUCUGGACUUCCCCGAGCAUGAAGAAGCAGUGGGCCGGUACUUCGAAUACUUGACCGAAGACAAUCCUCUUAAGUUCGGGGUAAGCGGUGAUGUGAUGGAAGAAUUCAUUGAAACGGCCAGGGAGACUACCAAGAAAGCAUUGUGAUCUGUUAUCGUUGAAUUAGUACCUAAAUUAUUAUUAAAGUGAAUUGAUUUGUAAAUUGUAAGUACCUGAUAUAAGAAUUAAAAUU